AUGUCUAUUAAUUUACAUUCGAAAUUGGAACUAGAUGGUUCUUAUAAGUUGAUACAAUUGACUCCAGAUCUGAUGGAGACGUUGAAGGAUGAUUCUUUAAGUUCGACAAUGAGAUUUAAGUCCUUGGAUAAAGCAAAAGCCGAUGUUGUGCUUUGUUCAGAGGAUAAAACUUGGAUAAUAAGAGAAAAAAGUCAUUCUAAUACUGUGAUGCUAAUGCAUGAGUUUGCUUCAGAAGGUAAUCCUGUAAAUAAUAUCGUGAUUAAUGGUGUCCCAGAUCCUACAAGUGAUUUUUUAGGUUUUUCCAAGACAACUUUUGAAUAUGAAACAAGACCUGCUAAUGGCCAACUUAACCUUGAUUUAGUACCAAUAUAUAAUGGUGAAAUGAAUUUUACUGUUGAUUCUACAAAAUUAUUUACUACUAAACAAGAAUUAUUAGAUAAUUCACCGUGCUCUAUAAAAGAAUAUCGUAAAAAUUGGGCAAAAGUUGGGGGUUCUGUUAUUAAUGGACAAAUAUGUAUAUUAUCGGCAGAGUUUUUGGCUAAGUCAUUGCACGUAACUUUGAUGAGUAUCAUGGCAGAAUCUUUGGAUUUAGACAUCCUUUCUUUAGAUAAGGUAUUUGACGCUGUUGAGAAGGGAUUUGACGAAGAUUUCAAUCCAUAUACUAAAGAAGUAAUUAAAACAGUUAUAAGGAAGUUUGGAAUAUCAAAUGAAUCUAAUGAUAAUGACAAAUCUACUUAUAAAUUAAACAUGUUACCAAUUGCAAAAUGGUAUGGUAUAAGAGCAUUGAAAAAAUAUGUUUCAAAAACUUCAAUGUCUCAGGAUGAGUUUUUAACUAAUUGGAAAUCUUUAUUCCCACCAUUUUUUCCCUGUGAUAUUGACAUAAAUAUGCUUCGAGGUUGGUUUUAUAAACCGACUGGUUCAAAUAUACAAUAUAUUUCUAAGGAGACCAUGCCCAUGGAUAUUAAAGAUAGAUUUAAGAUGUUAUUUAAAUUACAAUCCCAAUGGGAAUUAGAAGAUAUAAGACCAUUUAUUGAAGAAUUAAAUGUGAAGGGAUUAAAGAUUGACAAUUUUAUUAUGAAAUAUGCACGUCGUAAAAAAAUUGGUAACUCAAAAAUUAUAGUUACCAGUAGAUAG